ACAACACAAAAAAAAAUAACGAAAAGUGUGACCAAUGACGAAGAAUGGAUGAUUCUGUGACAAGUGAACAAAGUGAACAGAAUAAUAAUAAUACCAACUUUAGCAAUAACAACAACAACAACAACAUUACGACCAACAAUAUUAAAUUAUUGACAACAACCAGCAAUAUGAAUACCACAGCCAUGUUAAUGCAUCAUCAGCAACAACAACAGCAAGCGGCAGCUGCUGCAGCAGCCGCAGCACAGCAACAGCAGCAACAACAUCAGCAACAAAAUGGUCGCGACGGCAGCAACAGUUCACGCGGCGCCAACGAUGAUCGUCCAAAUGGUCGUGGACGUGGCUCAAGUUGUUCACCCUCAAGUUCGCCCAGUCGUCAUCCAAGUGCCGUGAGUCCAGUUAGCUCUCUCAAUCACUCAAUGAUGGCCCAAAUGGCCCAACAGCAACAGCAACAACAGCAGCAACAGCAACAACAACAGCAGCAACAUCAUCAAUUGAGUCCACCGCCACAUGUGACAGGAGCUUUGCCAACUGGUAAUGGUUUACCCAGUGGCUUACCCCCACGCAUGCCCCACGGUCUGCCGCCCCAUUCGUUGGGCCUUCUCAACUCACUGCAAAUGAUGCAUCAUGCCUCACCAUUGGAAUUGAUGGCCGCUGCCCAUCAUCAUGUGCCACCGCGUUCAUAUAAUUCACCGCCACCCAUUUCCACAUCGGAUCCAUCGGCCAAUGAGUGCAAAUUGGUCGAAUAUCGGGGACAAAAAGUCGCCGCAUUCAUCAUUAGCAGUGAGACAAUGUUGUGUCUGCCACAGGCAUUUGAGUUAUUCCUCAAACAUUUGGUCGGUGGCCUUCAUACGGUCUAUACGAAACUGAAGCGUCUGGAUAUCGUUCCACUUGUCUGCAAUGUCGAACAGGUGCGAAUAUUACGUGGUCUGGGUGCCAUCCAGCCGGGCGUCAAUCGUUGUAAGCUGCUUAGUUGCAAGGACUUUGAUGUCCUCUACAGGGAUUGCACCACUGCCAGAUGCCUAUCGAUCAAGCCACCAGAGAGUAACUCUCUGCAAUUCCGCAGUUCCAGACCGGGUAGACCGCCCAAACGUGGCCCAGUUGGCCUAUCGUUGCCGCCCACGCAUCUCACGCAGCAUCCGCAACUGAAGAAGCAUCGUCUGGAUAAUGGUGACUAUGCCUAUGAGAAUGGACACAUUAGUGAUAUGAACCGCUUGGAGAAGUCUCCGCUGUUGGCCAAUGGCUAUAAUCCGCCGCCAAUUAAUCACAUGGCCUUCAUGCAAAUGAAUGCCCAUCAUCCGGGUGCAGCGGCUCUGAUGUCGCCUGGCAUGCCGCCGCACGGUUUGCAUGCACGGCCUGAGAGUCAAAUGCUGAAGGCAGCAGCUCAAAAUGCCGGCAUGUCGGCGGCCAAUAUGGAUGCACUUGCUCGCUCUGGCAUUUGGGAGAAUUGUCGUGCUGCCUAUGAGGAUAUUGUCAAGCAUUUGGAACGUUUGCGUGAAGAGCGCACCGAUGAGCGACAACAGGUCAUGGGUGUGGGCGGUGGUGGAGUCGGUGGUGUUGGUGGAGUUGGAAGUGGAGCUCUUGGUGAUCGUGUUGGCAGCUUGAGUAUUUGUGAACCCAAGCCCAGGGAUCUUAGCUCGCGGAAUUGUUCCCCCACACGCCAGAGUCCCGUGUUGAAUUUAAGCAAAUCCGGCGGUAAUACGGAUCACGGUGGCAGUAACUGUGAUGCUGGAAGCGAACGUAGUGAUUGUCAUUCAACUGCUGGCUCCCCGCGCGGUGCUUCGCGCAGCCUUCUAGAUGAGGGCAGUCGCAGUGGCAAUGGCGGCAUUGGCAGCGGCAGUGCUGUCAUUGGCGUCGAGGACGACGAGGAGGAAGAGGAGAAUCUAAGCGAUGAGAAUCAAUCUGAAGUCGAUGAACGCUGCCUGGCCAAAGACGAUGAGGACUUGAGUGACACCGAACGUGAUAAUCUAUCUACGGGCUCGGCCGCAGCCGCAGCCGCUGCUGCUGCAGCUGCAGCUCAUCUCCAUCAGCAUGCAGCGGCGGCAUCGCAUCAUCCCAUCAGACAUCAUCAUCAUCAUCAUCAUCAGGCCGCCGUACAUCAUUUGGGUGGCUCGCCGUCGGCAGAAGCGGCCGCAGCCGCUGCUCUUCAGCACCAGCGAGCUCUGAACUACUCGCAACUGGCUGCCGCUGCUGCGGUGGCCAAUGGGGCAGCAGGUGGCGCAGUGUCAGCUAAUGGCCCAUCUUCGGCUGGCGGCGGAGCCUUGACCCCCAAUGAAGCUUUGAUGGCGGCCAAUGAUGCCACUGCAGCCGCUGCAUUGGCCGGUGGCCUGGCCUUGGGCCCGCUCGGUAUCGAUGCCCAUGCAGCAGUCCCGGCCAGCUCAACGGAAACCCUUUUGAGGAAUAUACAAAGUUUACUGAAAGUUGCAGCAGAUAAUGCCAGGCAACAAGAACGUCAGAUUACCUACGAAAAAGCUGAGCUCAAAAUGGAUGUUUUGCGAGAACGUGAAGUUAAGGACUCCUUAGAACGUCAGCUGGUUGAUGAGCGAAAACUGCGUGUGCUCUAUCAGAAACGUUUUCGACGAGAGCGCAAGAUACGCAUACGUUAUCAGCAACAACUUGGCGGCAACACGGGCAACGUUGGCAACAGCGGCAACGGCGGCAAUGUGAAAAUCAAUCCCAAUGCCAAUGGCAAUGGCAGUGGCAACAGUUCCAGUGGAGGAGGCGUUACCGGAGGUGCCGGCGGCUCUUGUAGCGAUGCUGAGAUCUGCUCGGCCGGCAGUGCCAGCGGAGAGGUCAUCAAGUGCAACAAUAGCAACAGCAAUAGCGGCGAUUCUGUUGUCGAAUCAACUCUGAAAGAUAACGAUGGCGGCAGAAGCAGCGGCAGCGAAAAGUCUGAUAAAUCCCUCAGCUCCUCCUCCUGUGAUGUGACUAGCGGCCCAGCAACAACAACUGCCGCAGCAGCAGCAGCAGCAGCAACAUCGACGGCACCCAUCCGUUCGUCCUCCCCCACCCAUUUCAAGAGCGAACCUCACUCCGAUCACGAGGGCUCCAUGGAGCGUCAGACGCGUUCAGGCCCCGCCGACGAGGAUCUGCGCCAUCAACGUUGCGACAGUCGCGAACAUGACGAUGCAGUCCGACCACCAAGUGCUGCUGCUGUUGCCGCUGUGGCCGCUGCCCAAGCAGCUGCCGAGGGCAGCCUGGCGGCAGCAGCAGCUGCAGCAGCGGCCGCCGCUGCCAGCAACGGCAAAGGCCCAUGGAGCUAUCCUGGCAUUGAUCUAAUGGCCACUGGCGCCUUCUGGCAAAACUAUUCGGAGUCCCUGGCACAGGAGUUGGAAAUGGAGCGUAAAACUCGCGCUGCGAAUGCCGAACGUGAUGUAAAGAGUCCAUUGUCCGAGAGACCGACGGCAUAUUAUAAGAAUUCGGUACUUUUUGGAAGCGCCAACUAAUAGGUUCUCUUCCCUCUUCCCCCCACACCGAAUCCUAUGGUAAGCUCAAAAGGAUAUUUGAUCUCAAAGUGCAAUCCAGGCGGCGGCAACCUUGAGUAAAAUUUUAUUGUAUAUAUACCAUAUAUAUAUACAUAUAUAUAUAUAU